AAUUGAUAUAAUGUUUUCUUAAAGAUUUCCUGCACUUGAUCAAAGCACACCAAAAAUAUUAUCCAAAACAACAUUUAAGUUUGACAUUAAAUCGUAUAAGACUUAAGAGGAUAUUGGAGGAAAAUAAUAAGGAUUAAGUGUUUAAACUAAAAGGCAAAAGACUUAGCCUAGUCUAAAAUAAAUACCUGUUUUCAAAAAAUUAGUGUAAAAGAAAUUGUUUAAUUCAUUGGCAAAUCCAAUUUAAUAAUUCGAAAUACCUCUUAAUUGGGAAUAAAAGUAUCAUGAAAAAGUAUAAUGAUUAAUUAUAUGAAUUGAGGAAAAAGAAUGUUAAGAGUUAUUGGAUAAAAAUAAUGAAUAAUAGAAGAUGAUCGAAUAGCUUGAGAGAAAAUUCUUAUCUUAAAAAUUAGCAUAUGAAAGUUUAAAAGAAGAGAAAUAAGAAAAUGAUGUUUUGAAUAUUAAAAAGUAAAUGAAUCAAUUAGAAACUGAAUUAAAAGAUUAACUUCAUAGGGCUGAAUAAUAAUUAUGGAAAACUUAAGCACAAAAUAGUUCAAUUUUAGAGAAGUUUAAAUAAUUUGAAUUAAAAGCAAAGUUUUUACAAUAAUAAACAGUAAAAGAAAUUAAAAUUUAGAUUCAUCUUCAUUAAGCAUUGCUUUGUAAGUAUUGUGGGAAAUUAGUAAAUGAUGCAGUAACUAUAAUUCCUUGUGCACAUACAUAUUGUGGCACUUGUAAUAAGGGAUAUUAAAAAAAAUGUUAUUUAUGUGGAGAUGAAGUAUUUGAUAUAAUUAUAAUUUUAUAAAGGGUAAAAUAGAAGCUACAUAUUAUAAUUAGUUUAUGAGUGAAAUAGUUAAAAUGUAUGAUACUUUCGAAACAAUAGUUCAAAUAUUUUUAAGAUGA